AUGGCCCGGCUGAUGACAACACAGCUGCUGCUUCUUGUGUGGGUGGCUGCUUGGGGUGCCCAGCCCAGGACUGAACUUCUCAAUGUCUGCAUGGACGCCAAACACCACAAGGAAAAGCCAAGCCCGGAGGACAAGUUGCAUGAGCAGUGCAGUCCCUGGAAGAAGAACUCCUGCUGCUCCUUCAACACCAGUCAGGAAGCCCAUAAGGAUAUUUCCUACCUAUACGGAUUCAACUGGGACCACUGUGGAAAGAUGGCACCUGCCUGUAAACGACAUUUCAUCCAGGACACCUGCCUCUAUGAGUGCUCCCCUAACUUGGGGCCCUGGAUCCAGCAGGUGGACCAAAGCUGGCGUAAAGAGCGGAUCCUGAAUGUGCCCCUGUGCAAAGAGGACUGUCAGCGUUGGUGGGAGGAUUGUCAGACCUCCUUCACGUGUAAAAGCAACUGGCACAAAGGCUGGAACUGGACCUUAGGGUAUAACCAGUGCCCCGUGGGAACUGCCUGCCACCCCUUCCACUUCUACUUCCCUACACCUGCAGCUCUGUGUGAGGAAAUCUGGAGUCACUCCUACAAAGUUAGUAACUACAGUCGAGGAAGUGGCCGCUGCAUCCAGAUGUGGUUUGACCCCGCCCAGGGCAACCCCAAUGAGGAGGUGGCAAGGUUUUAUGCAGAGGCCAUGAGUGGGGCUGAGGUCCCCAGAGCCUGGCCUCUCCUGCUCAGCUUGGUCCCAAUGCUGCUCAGGCUGCUCAGCUGA